AUGGGAGUGAACAAAGAGAAGACAAGAAUGUCAUGGCCAGUGUUCUUGGAGCCACCACAGGAGCUGGAAGUAGGGCCACAUCCUAAGCUUAUUAGUGAGGAAAAUCCCCCAAAGUACAAGACCAAGAAGUAUCGUGACUACGUUUAUUGUAAGCUCAACAAGAUUCUUCCCAGUGAAUGCAUUAAUUAG